AUGUCGACGUCUGAAGGCGAAAAAGGUAAGAGUAACCAUCCACCCCUGUAAACCCUUGGAGCCAGCAUUGUGGAGUGGAAGCCAUUUGACAUCCUCAUCCUACUGACCAUCUUUGCCAACUGUGUGGCCCUGGGUGUCUACAUCCCCUUCCCAGAGGACGACUCCAACACUGCCAACCACAACCUGGAGCAGGUGGAAUAUGUAUUCCUGGUGAUUUUCACAGUGGAGACGGUACUCAAAAUCGUGGCCUACGGGUUAGUGCUCCAUCCCAGCGCCUACAUCCGCAACGGCUGGAACCUACUUGACUUCAUCAUCGUAGUGGUCGGGCUAUUCAGCGUGCUCCUGGAACAGGGUCCCGGACGGCCGGGUGACACCCCUCAUACUGGGGGAAAGCCAGGGGGCUUCGAUGUGAAGGCAUUGCGGGCAUUUCGGGUGCUGAGACCACUGAGGCUGGUAUCUGGGGUCCCAAGUCUGCACAUAGUCCUCAAUUCCAUCAUGAAGGCGCUGGUGCCGCUGCUGCACAUCGCCCUGCUUGUGCUCUUCGUCAUUAUCAUUUACGCCAUCAUCGGACUCGAGCUUUUCCUGGGACGCAUGCACAAGACGUGCUACUUCUUGGGAUCGGAUGUGGAAGCAGAGGAGGACCCAUCACCCUGCACAUCUCUGGGCUCUGGGCGCAUGUGCAAACUCAACCAGACUGAGUGUCGUGGGCGCUGGGCAGGGCCCAAUGGAGGCAUCACCAACUUCGACAACUUCUUCUUUGCCAUGCUGACAGUCUUCCAGUGUGUCACCAUGGAGGGUUGGACAGAUGUGCUUUAUUGGAUGCAAGAUGCCAUGGGGUAUGAGCUACCUUGGUUGUACUUCGUGAGCCUGGUCAUCUUUGGGUCCUUCUUUGUCCUCAACCUGGUCCUUGGUGUCCUGAGUGGGGAGUUUUCCAAGGAGAGAGAGAAGGCAAAAGCACGUGGGGACUUCCAGAAGCUUCGGGAGAAGCAGCAGUUGGAGGAGGACCUCAGGGGUUACCUGGAUUGGCUCAUGCAGGCUGAGGAGCUGGAUGCCGAGGAUCCCUCAGCUGAUGGCCACUUGAGUUCUACGGCUGAAGAGGGCCGAGCUGGUCACCGGCCAUGGCUGGCAGACCUGACUGGUAAGAGACGUGGUCAUUUGCGCUGGUUUAGCUAUUCCACCCGCUCCACACACUCCACGAGCAGCCAGGGUAGGUGGCCAGUUGGUGAUGUUGCUUCCAUGGCGGAGAUCCCAGGGGAUGAGGAAGAUGAAGAGGGGGCUCUCUCCAACUGUACACGCUGCCUAAACAAGAUUAUGAAAACCAGAGUCUGCCGCCAUCUCCACCGAGCCAACCGAGGCCUUCGUCUGCGCUGCCGACGGGCUGUAAAGUCCAGUGCUUGCUACUGGGCCGUGCUGCUACUCGUUUUCCUCAACACGCUGACCAUUGCCUCUGAGCAUCAUGGGCAGCCCAGGUGGCUCACCCAGAUCCAGGAGUAUGCCAACAAAGUGUUGCUCUGUCUGUUCACGGUGGAAAUGCUUCUCAAGUUGUACAGUCUGGGCCCCUCUACCUAUGCCUCCUCCUUCUUCAACCGCUUUGACUGCUUUGUGGUCUGUGGGGGCAUUCUAGAAACCACGUUGGUGGAAGUGGGUGCCAUGCAGCCCCUGGGCAUCUCUGUGCUUCGAUGUGUGCGCCUCCUCAGGAUCUUUAAGGUCACCAGGCACUGGGCCUCUCUGAGCAAUUUGGUGGCGUCCCUGCUCAAUUCAAUGAAAUCCAUCGCAUCCUUAUUGCUGCUCCUCUUCCUCUUUAUCAUCAUCUUCUCCCUGCUGGGCAUGCAGCUGUUUGGGGGAAAGUUCAACUUUGACCAGACCCAUACCAAGCGAAGUACCUUUGAUACAUUCCCCCAGGCCCUCCUCACUGUGUUUCAGAUCCUAACAGGAGAGGACUGGAAUGUGGUCAUGUAUGAUGGUAUCAUGGCCUAUGGGGGCCCCUUCUUCCCAGGAAUGCUGGUGUGCAUCUAUUUCAUCAUCCUCUUCAUCUGUGGCAACUACAUCCUGUUGAAUGUAUUUCUGGCCAUUGCUGUGGACAAUCUGGCGAGCGGAGAUGCAAGCACUGCCAAGGACAAGGGCAGGGAGAAGAACAGCGAUGGGAGACUCCCACAGGAGCACGGCGGGUUGAUACCUAAUGGGAAGAAUGAGGAAGAGGAGAAAGCCACAAAUGAAGGAGCAGGCAUGGAGGAAGAUGAGGAAGAAAAAGACGGGGAGGAGGAGAAGGAGGAGGAAGGUGUGGGGCAUGCAGAACUCCUGCAGGAAGUAGUGCCAAAGGAGAAGGUGGUACCCAUCCCUGAGGGGAGUGCCUUCUUCUGCCUCAGCCAAACCAACCCGCUGAGGAAGGCCUGCCACACCCUCAUCCACCAUCACGUCUUCACCAAUCUCAUUCUGGUCUUCAUCAUCCUCAGUAGCGUGUCCCUAGCAGCCGAAGACCCCAUUCGGGCCCACUCCUUCCGGAAUCAUAUUCUGGGGUACUUUGACUAUGCCUUCACCUCAAUUUUCACUGUGGAGAUACUACUAAAGAUGACUGUAUUUGGGGCCUUUCUGCACCGGGGCUCCUUCUGCCGUAGCUGGUUCAAUCUUUUGGAUCUGCUGGUGGUCAGUGUGUCCCUCAUCUCAUUUGGGAUCCACUCUAGUGCCAUCUCAGUGGUGAAGAUUCUCCGAGUACUCCGAGUCCUCCGGCCCCUCAGAGCCAUCAACAGGGCCAAGGGACUCAAGCAUGUGGUACAGUGUGUGUUCGUGGCCAUACGGACCAUCGGAAACAUCAUGAUCGUGACCACGCUACUGCAGUUCAUGUUUGCCUGCAUCGGGGUACAGCUCUUCAAGGGGAAAUUCUACAGUUGCACGGAUGAGGCCAAGCACACUCCCCAAGAAUGCAAGGGCUACUACCUCGUCUACCCCGAUGGAGAUGUAUCACGGCCUCUCGUCCGAGAGCGGCUCUGGGUCAACAAUGACUUCAAUUUUGACAACGUCCUUUCAGCCAUGAUGGCCCUGUUUACAGUUUCCACCUUUGAAGGCUGGCCUGCGCUUCUUUACAAGGCCAUCGAUGCACACGCGGAGGACAAGGGCCCCAUCUACAAUUACCGCGUGGAGAUCUCAGUGUUCUUCAUUGUCUACAUCAUCAUUAUUGCAUUCUUCAUGAUGAACAUCUUUGUGGGCUUUGUGAUUAUCACUUUCCGUGCCCAGGGAGAGCAGGAGUACCAAAACUGUGAGCUGGACAAGAACCAGCGCCAGUGUGUGGAGUAUGCGCUCAAGGCUCAGCCACUCCGCCGCUACAUCCCCAAGAACCCGCAUCAGUAUCGAGUGUGGGCUGCUGUGAAUUCAGCUGCCUUCGAGUACCUUAUGUUCCUGCUCAUCCUGCUCAACACAGUUGCUCUAGCCAUGCAGCACUAUGAGCAAACUGCUCCCUUCAACUAUGCCAUGGACAUCCUCAACAUGGUCUUCACUGGUCUCUUCACAGUUGAGAUGGUGCUCAAAAUCAUCGCCUUCAAACCCAAGCAUUAUUUUGCUGAUGCAUGGAAUACAUUUGAUGCUCUUAUUGUAGUGGGCAGCAUUGUGGACAUUGCCGUCACUGAAGUCAAUAAUGGUGGCCAUCUCGGUGAGAGCUCUGAGGACAGUUCCCGCAUUUCCAUCACUUUCUUUCGCCUCUUCCGGGUCAUGCGACUAGUCAAGCUCCUUAGUAAAGGUGAAGGAAUUCGCACUUUGCUCUGGACAUUUAUCAAGUCAUUCCAGGCUUUGCCCUAUGUGGCUCUUCUCAUUGCGAUGAUAUUCUUUAUUUAUGCAGUCAUUGGGAUGCAGAUGUUUGGCAAGGUAGCUCUUCAGGAUGGGACACAGAUAAACCGAAACAAUAACUUCCAGACUUUUCCACAGGCUGUGUUGCUUCUAUUCAGGUGUGCCACUGGUGAGGCAUGGCAGGAGAUAAUGCUUGCAAGUCUUCCUGGGAAUCGCUGUGACCCUGAGUCUGACAUCAGCCCUGGCGAGGAGUUUACCUGUGGGAGCAAUUUUGCCAUUGCCUAUUUUAUCAGCUUCUUUAUGCUCUGUGCCUUCCUGAUCAUCAAUCUCUUUGUGGCUGUGAUCAUGGACAAUUUUGAUUACCUAACCAGAGAUUGGUCCAUACUGGGCCCCCAUCACCUCGAUGAAUUCAAGAGGAUCUGGUCUGAAUAUGACCCUGGGGCCAAAGGCCGCAUCAAGCACUUGGAUGUGGUGGCCCUGCUGAGACGCAUCCAGCCUCCCUUAGGAUUUGGGAAGUUGUGUCCACAUCGAGUGGCCUGCAAGAGGCUUGUGACGAUGAACAUGCCCCUCAGCUCAGAUGGGACAGUCACAUUCAAUGCCACACUCUUUGCCCUGGUUCGGACAUCCCUGAAGAUCAAGACAGAAGGGAAACUGGAGCAAGCUAAUCAGGAGCUGCGGAUUGUCAUCAAAAAGAUCUGGAAGCGGAUGAAGCCCAAGCUGCUAGAUGAGGUCAUCCCCCCUGCUGAUGAAGAAGAGGUCACUGUGGGGAAAUUCUAUGCCACAUUUCUAAUUCAGGACUAUUUCUGCAAAUUCCGGCGAAGGAAGGAAAAAGGGCUACUAGGGACUGAAGCCCCUCCAAGUACUUCCUCAGUGCUUCAGGCUGGUCUGAGGACCCUGCAGGUCCUGGGCCCUGAGAUCCGGCAGGCCCUCACCUGUGACACAGAUGAGGAACAGGAGGAAGAUGAGGAAUAUGACAAGGACCCAGAAAAGCACAAUACCCCCAUGGAGUCCCAGCUUCCAUCGCGUCAGGAUGCCCUGAUUUCUGUGUCUUUGCCUAUGGGGACCAGACUUGCAGAUUUAUACUCCCCUGAAUCCAGUGAUGAUGACAGGGAAGUUCCUGACUCCAGGCAGUCCAGUGUAUCCCAGGCUGGAUCCCAUACCCUCAGGAGAAAUUCUGGGGCUCUGGUUUUCACCAUUCCAGAAGAAGGAAGUUCUCAGCUCUUGGGAGGGAAAGGAGAAGAUAAGCAAAAUAAGACAGAGGAAAUCCUGACUGGCCUCUUCUACCAGAAUGAGCAGGCAGAAACUUCCCUACACACCAACUUUUGGCCACCUCAUAGACUCCAGAGAUAUGUGGAAGUGUCUCAUGUACCCCACCGCCGUUUGCUGCCUCCCACACCUGCAGGUCGCAAACCAUCCUUCGCCAUCCAGUGUCUACGGCGCCAAGACAGCUGUGAAGAUCUGCCCAUCCCAGGCACCUACCACCGUGGGCAGAACUCAGGGUCCAUAAAGGUGCAGGGUUCCUGGGCAACCCCUCCUCAGAGAGGCCGGCUCCUCUACGCCCCGCUGUUAUUGGUGGAGGACCGGGCAGCGCCGGAGGGAUACCUUGGCAAAACCAGUGAUUCACUGCACACCUUCACCUGUCUACACGUGCCUGGAACCCACCCGGAACCCAGCCAUGGCAAGAAGGGUAGUGCUGACAGCCUGGUGGAAGCCGUGCUCAUCUCCGAGGGCCUGGGCCUCUUUGCCAGAGACCCACGCUUUGUGGCCCUGGCCAAGCAGGAGAUCGCCGAAGCAUGUUGCCUGACACUUGAUGAGAUGGACAGCGCUGCCAGCGACCUGCUGGCACAGGGGACCAACUCCCUCUACAGUGACGAGGAAUCCAUCUUCUCUUGUCUGGAUGAGGAGGACCUAGGAGAUGAGAUGGCCUGCGUCCAUGCCCUUUGA